AGAGCAUAUCCAUCCUAGUUGCUAUAAUUGAAUGUGAUUGGAACCUAUUCAUGUCUCCAAUCAAGAGAGCUUUAACAUUGAUUCUGUACAACUCACAGAAAGGGAUAAAUAUAAACGCAGCGGGAAUGGCCAACCUAAAUAACGAGUUAUUGGUAUCGAUAGUCAAGAAUGCUUUCUCAGCGAUUACUUUACUUCGAGCACUUACUAUGGAGUCAUAAAUACAGGUACUUUAGCUCAUACACACGAUUGUUGUGUGAUCUAUAACAUAAUCACAG